AUGCAGACCCAAGCGCAGCUUCCCCGUCCUGGUUCACCCAGUAACAAUAACGCCAUUCCGGACCAUCUCAAGUCCGCGCAGUCUGCCGAUCCGUACGGUACGGGCCCGCAAAACACGAAUACCAAUUCAAUGUAUAACAGUAUGAACAACAUUCAUCUCGCGGGCGACUAUGCCCCCUUAUCGUCGACGGAGCCCGAUGCUCUUAAUCUCCAGUCCAAGAUCAACGGUUUUGGUGCGACGACCCCAUACAGGUCAUCCUUCAACCCGUUCCCUCCCCGUUCUCGUCACAACACCGUUCCCUUUGGUGACACUUCUGGGAGCUUCAACAACGCCACAUACCAGACGCAGUCCCAGUCGACAGAUCUAUACGGCAUUCAAAACCUCCAGAGUCCGCCCCCCUCUUCAUAUGCAUUCGACUCCAUGCACCACCCCGGGCGUGCACACGACUAUACCCCCGUGAGACCUCAGGGCAGUGCAGGGUUGAACGGCGGUGUGCUUACGCAAGGCAAGCAGCAAUCAUUUUCUGUCGAACCAUUCCGCUCGGCCGGGAUGGAAUCCACUCUAGCACAAUCACAGCAAAUCAACGUGCAGGGUUCCCUGUCGAGCGCUCUCCCGAUCCACCAGCCCGGUGUCCAGCAGGUCUUCCAAGGUCCCUUCGCAAACGGGAUGUCGCACGGACUUGCUCAUCCACACCAUGGAGCUCUUGCGUCGCACGCGCAGUUCGGACCCACUUUACCCACGAAUGGCCCUGGGCCUGGGGCCGUCGGUGGGCCGGGAAAUUCGCUGACGGGCGCUUCUGGUAUGGGCCAUGUGAACGGGAGCACGGCGAAUCAGCAGCAGGAAGAGAUCUCCACUAUCUUUGUGGUCGGGUUCCCGGAAGAUAUGCAGGAGCGGGAAUUCCAGAAUAUGUUCACCUUUUCGUCCGGAUUUGAGGCUGCGACGCUCAAAAUACCCAACAAGGAGUAUACAGCGUACGGCGGAGCAGGAGCGACAGGCCCUGGUUCGCGCAUGCAGUAUCCUGGCGCGAACGAUCCGUACAACCUGGUGACCGUGAAUCAAGGUGGUGUCGUCGUGGAUGGUGGGCGAGACGGCUUGACGACUUCCUGGCCGGCGCCGGCGCCCGUGCAGAAUGAUGACGGUCAUUUCGUUCCGUCUAACGUACAGCCUCCCCGAAAGCAGAUCAUAGGAUUCGCGAAGUUCCGCACGCGGCAAGAAGCUCUGGAGGCACGUGACAUUCUUCAGGGCCGCCGUGUUGAUGUCGAGCGCGGUGCUGUACUCAAAGCAGAAAUGGCGAAGAAGAACUUGCACACAAAGCGUGGACCCGGAGUGCCUCCUAGUGGCCCAUCUAAUGCGAGCGCACCAUCGGGUGGUGUCCCUGAAAAUGUUGGGGGUUACCCCGGCUUGACAAGUUUGGCCGGAUUGAGCGCGGGCACCCUUGCUGCAGGAUCCGGUGAAGCGCUUGCUCUGAGAGAGAGGGAGCUUGGUGGUGCUUUGGGCGCCAUGGGAAUAGUUGGUCUUGGUUCUCGGAGGGAAGCGGAAGACGAUCGACGUCGCGAGCUUGCGGCUGUCAUGCCCGGCAUGAGCCUCAGUUCGCUGCCCACGCGCGGUGCCCGCGAACGUGCGGAAGAAGAGAGCGAGCGCGAGCGAAAGCGUAAGGAAAAGGAGGCGGCACGCAUGCGACAGAACUCGUUUGCGUUCGAGGCGUUCCAUUCUGUUCCUCAGCAGAUGGUUCGGCAGGGCGCAAACUCGCUGCUGUCGGCUGAGAGCGGGGCCCUUCCAGGAAGCUCGAUCACUCUUCCAUCGUCGCCUCCGAUGCAGAGUAUCGCAUCCCAGAUUGAGGGCGCCAACAACGCGGGAAACAGUCCGUGGGGUAACUUCCGCGACAUUGGGUCCAAUGCUACCCUUCGGAAGAUGUCGUUAUCCAUGCUCUCAUCUAACCUGUCGCUUCGCCCAACCUCCCCACCACAGCUCUCUCCUCCGGGUGCUUACGACGGGAAUACGUCUGCACCGCUAUCGGCGACGUCGCCAAGUGGGAGCAUAAUGCAGAGCAUUCACAGCGCUCCCUUCUCGCCGCAGUCGAACUCGUCGUCCCUCCCUAGUCACCCGUCGCUACCCUCCCGUCCGCGACCAUUCUCGCCGAGCGGUGAGCAUCAAUUGGAACAGAGCGUUAUCUCUCAGUCGGAAGCAGUUGCGUCGUCGAUCCCUGCGUCCAGUUCGUCGAGUGUGAGUGGGUCCCAGAGCGGGCACGAAGAGGAGCUGUCGCGAUCCGUCGUGGCGCUGGCCUUGAAUACCGAAGCCGGUGCAACUUCGCCACAGUUGCCUUCUCCGGCGUCGGGUGCUAGCUCUGGGACCGGUAGGAAUCCUGGUGACCAGAAUCCACCGAUCAACACGCUGUACGUAGGCAAUUUACCGACAUCUCCGGCGCCUGGCGGACUUCCCCUCAGCUUUUUGGAAGAUAGAUUGCGGGAUUUGUUCUCCAAACGGCCAGGGUAUCGCAAGCUGUGCUUCAGGCAGAAGAGCAACGGGCCGAUGUGUUUCGUCGAGUUUGAGGAUGUGAAUUACGCCACCAAGGCACUUCAGGAACUGUAUGGCAAUACGCUCAACGGCCUGGUGAAAGGUGGCGGUAUUCGUUUGUCUUAUAGCAAGAAUCCUUUGGGUGUGCGCACACCGACGGGCGGCGCGAACAGCGGGUCUAGCUUACAACACCAGCAAGGCAUUACCAUCGCUCAAUCUAUCGGUGAUGCGUUUGCUUCCCGCCGUGACAACUCGGGCAUGACAUCGCCUACUUCAUAUCAUUAUUCUAUGUCUCCUCCUCCGCCUCGAUUUAUCUCGCCGCCGCCGCCUCCGGCGUUCCCUAGAAGCAGCCCACAAGGUUUCGGCGCUGCGGCGGGCACUAGCAGCUCAUUCUCCCCUUUCGGCAUCUCUCCAUCACAUUCGACGAUACCCGACCAGCCCAGCGCUGAUGUCAACAACGAUCCCCUCUCACACAGUAUGACCUCAACCCCACCCAACAUAGAGGCCAGCCGCGCAGGUUGA